UCCUUCCAGCCUUAGUCCCAACCUGAAGAGGCUACACCCGGGUGGAGUCUUACAUCACAAGAGCCUUCCAAAAUGAGAAGCCAAGAAGACUUGGCCAAAGUUUCCUCUUAAGUUUCGUGGAGAGAGACUCAGGUAUAGAAAUAUCCUUCCUGCCGCCUGACCCGAAGCAGGAGAAACUGCUGACAGCUUGGAGACCAGCCCUGCCAUGUGCACCAGUAGCGCCUGCGACCUGGAGGAGAUCCCCCUGGAUGAUGAUGACCCAGACAGCAUGGAAUUCAAAAUCCUGGAGUUCUAUGUCAAACACCACGUCUUCAAGAACACCUCUGCUGUCUUCUCACGAAAGCUCCCGAGAACAAGAAGUUUGUCCCAGAAAGGACCAGAGAGUUGGCAGGCAAAGAAAGCAUGGACACAGGGACCGUGGACUUGCAGAAAUUCCCAAUCCACGGAGAAGGCCAUAAACGUUGGCAAGAAAAAGUCGUCUUGGAGAACACUCUUUGGAGCAGCAGAGAAGGAGGAGGACUCUCAGAGCUCACCUCUGGAUAUCCGUUUUGAGCUGCAAAGUCCGGUGGGACCUCAGAGUGGUCCUCACGGUCGGCAGUGGCCGAGGUCCCUCUCCAAUGUGGAACAGCACUUAGAGCGUGAAGCCGUGGACCCCAAGGUUGUUUCCAUUGCCAACCGAGUCGCUGAAAUCGUUUAUUCCUGGCCGCCGCCAGAAGUGCUCCACAGCCAGGGAGGAACCUUCAAGUCCAGAACGAUUGUGGCACGCCAGGGUCUCCAGCACCAGGGCUUCCAGCCUACAGCUGCAGACGGAAAAGACCAGAUAAUAGCCAGAAUCAUUGAGCUGCUGAAAUAUUCGGGGGAUCAGUUGGAAAGAGAGUUGAAGAGAGACAAGGCUUUGAUGAACAGCUUCCAGGGCGGGCUGUCCUACUCUGUUUUCAAGACCAUCACAGACCAGUUCCUAAGGGGUGUGGACACCAGGGGAGAAUCAGAGGUCAAAGCUCAGGGCUUUAAGGCUGCUCUUGCAAUAGACGUCACGGCCAAGCUCACAGGCAUCGACAGCCAUCCCAUGAACAGGGUGCUGGGCUUUGGAACCAAGUACCUGAAGGAGAACUUCUCGCCCUGGGUCCAGCAGCACGGUGGCUGGGAAAAAGUACUUGGGAUAUCACAUGAAGAAGUAGACUGAAACAUCAGAGGAUUUGUAAUCUGGAAUACUCAUGGUCCAACUCUGGUCUUGUGUAUAUCCGUCUUAGCAGACUAUGGGAGAAAACAAAAAUGGACAAGGCAGAUGGACCAUCAAAAUCUGCAAAACCAUUAUUCCUGCAAAUCAAGAGGCAUCAGGAGAGGCCUUGAAAUCUCCGGCUCAUAGAAUCUAGUAGCAUGGCCCUCGGCAUCCAUGUUUUCAGGUCUCCAUUGAGUGUGUAAGGAAGUCUCGAAAGGCAAGUGGUAAUUUUCCAUUCAAAUGCUUAGAACAGAAGCCAUCACCCUGCCUCUGCCGGCCACUUUAGUGAAAGUGUGUGACACAUGUUUGUUGACCUCAUGAAGGUGAAAUGAUAAACGGUGCAUUUGCUUACUCUUUGGUUUCCAGUACUAUUUAUUUUUCAAACUUCACUUGAGAUGGCCCGAUAAUGACAUUGUUUCAAGCCUACCUUUAGGCCCAUGUGGCUGUUCGUGUUGGUAGACAGAGCUCAGAGACUCCUGAGUUUACUGCUGUAGCCUGGGGAGAGACUGCCGUAUCUGCUUUUA